UCCGACUCCGAAGGGUGCUGGGUUAGGAGACAGAAAAAGAAACAAAGAAGUCAGGCAAUGGUGGCUGCAAUGCCCUGAUUGAUUCAUCGGUCAGGCAUUCCUCCGUCGGGUAGAAGUUUCAGUCCUCCCCUGAGAAUGGUCUUAUCUCAUAAUGCAAGGCCUUCGGGCAGGUCUGCAGUUCGUGAAAUAAACAACAUCUCUAACUCCUAAGAGCUUACUGAAUUUCAAUCCUCUGCUCGAUACCAACGACCUACAAACCGACAUGAGUGGUUUAUUCGGCCUUCUAUUCACCAGGCUGACUCUCCCCGCUCCCUCGGUAAUCCAGGGGAAGACUAUCCUCAUCACCGGUGCGAACACUGGCCUCGGUCGGGAAGCUGCCAGACAUGCGCUCGCCCUGGGCGCCGAUACGGUCAUUUUGGGCGUUCGAACCCUGAGCAAGGGUGAAGAUGCCAAAGCCAACAUCGAAGCAAGCACCGGCUGCACCGACAAGGGAAAGGUUCUUGUAUGGCCGAUCGAUCUCGAAUCAUUUGCUAGCGUCCAAGCCUUCGCAGCUCGAGUCCGCAAACACGUCAUGGAGGGCGGCCGACUGGACAUGGCUGUCAUGAAUGCUGGAAUUGCGUCGGUCGCGUACGCUGUUACCCGCGAUGGGUGGGAGAAAGGAAUCCAGGUCAAUGUUUUAUCGACCGCGCUCCUCAGUCUGCAGCUUUUGCCGCUACUACUGCGAACAAAAGAGCGAGAUCCAUCAGCACAACCGCAUCUGACCAUUCUCACGAGCGAUAUCCACAAGUCAAUCAAAUUUCCCGAGCGCAAUGAGCAGCAUAUUCUUGCCACCUUGAAUGACGAGCAGCAGUGGAAGACAUCCCAGGCUGCAGGCGGAGCUACCGAGCGCUACGGUGUCACUAAGCUCAUGGAUCUCUUCAUCGCCAUCGAAAUAGCUCGACUUGUGCCUCGUGACGAGUCCGGAAACCCCCUUGUGAUUGUCAAUGCCGUGGCGCCGGGAUUCUGCAAAUCGGAUCUCCUGACUAGGGAGAAGGCGCCGUGGAUCCUGAAGCUGAUCCAAGCUUUAAUUGCUAGGACGGUGGAAGAGGGCAGCAAAACAUUGCUGCAUGCAGCAAGCCAGGGAGUGGAGACUCAUGGGAAGUGGUUGGAGAAUCAGGUUAUCACAGACCCUGGCAGUAUUGUCACAAGCCCCGAGGCGGCGGUCGUGAGAAAGAAGGUCUGGGCAGAGAUCAUUGCAGCCUUGCAUGAUGUUGAUCCUGAGGUCCGAACUGAGUACUAAGCACUUAAGCUGGCGUGCUUCAGUUUCCGAUAAUCCAAGAUUGUGAACCCCAUUGUAUUGUCUCCUAUCUCGAUUCAAACCAGCAUUUUUUCGUCUUAUUAACUACAGACCUUCUUCUAAAUCUUUCCAAUGAAUUCGAGUAGACAAUAAUACGAUAACGG